CUCCAUUGCCAAGAUGCAGAAGAAGACAAUGAAGAAGAAGCCAAACGCAAAUCAAAGCCUAGUUUUGUACCUGGCCUGGCACCACCAAAGAUCCCAGAUGGAGAAAAAGUGGACUUUGAUGACAUUCACAGAAAACGAAUGGAGAAAGACCUGACAGAGCUGCAAAGUCUGAUUGAGGCUCACUUUGACAAAAGAAAGAAGGAGGAAGAGGAGCUGCUGAACCUCACUGACCGAAUUGAGAAACGCAGGUCGGAACGAGCAGAACAAAUUAGAUCAGAGCAGAGAGAGGAAAAGGAACGACAGAACAAAAUGGCGGAAGAAAAGGCCAGAAAAGAAGAAGAAGAAGCAAAGAAAAAAGCUGAUGACGACGCCAGGAAAAAGCUCAUUCUAAGCAACUUGAGUUUCACUGGAUACAAGCAGGCACAAAAUGGAACCAAACGACAAACCGAGCGGGAGAAGAAAAAGAAAAUUUUAAGUGACAGGCGCAAAGAGUUAAACAUUGACCACCUCAAAGAAGACAAACUCAAGGACAAAGCCAAGGAACUGUGGGAGCGCCUGCGCCAACUAGAGGCUGAAAAAUAUGAACUGCAAUACAAGCACACGAAACAAAAAUAUGAGGUCACUGUACUGAGGAACCGUGUCAGUGAUCAUCAAAAAAUCUCUAAGGGAGGACGGAGCAAACGUGGCCUCAGGAAGUAACUGUCAUCUGCAGCGGGAAACUGUCUGACAUGCAUGAGUGUAAAAGAUUAAUUGUAAUGGUUUGUUAAUACUUGAAACAGAAAACCUACCACAGCUACUCUAUAUGAUGUUUCAAAU